CAUUGGUGCAUAAAAACCGGAAAAGCCAGAGAUUUUUGGCAGCGAAGUAUUGGGAGCGAGCGAGAGAAAGCGAAGCACCCACUCUUUGUUGUUUCUACUUCUUCUCUCGCUUUCUCUUCAAAUCAAUUCAACGAAAUCACUUCCUGUCAUUGACCUAAUGGCUUUUCCUGAUUCCUCUUCUCGCCGCAACAACAACCUCAUCCCUUCCUUCCUCUAUGGCUCCUCCUCCCCCAAAACCCUACCUCUCAACCAGAUCCUCUCCUCCUCCUCCACCGCCGCUGCUGCUCCCUCGAAGCUCAUGAUCCCGGCUCCUAAUGAGAAGAUCGAGAUGUACUCCCCUGCUUUCUACGCCGCCUGCACCGUCGGCGGUAUCCUCAGUUGUGGACUCACUCACAUGACCGUCACUCCUCUUGACCUUGUCAAGUGUAACAUGCAGAUUGACCCUACCAAGUACAAGAGCAUUUCGUCUGGGUUUGGAGUUUUGCUCAAGGAGCAGGGAGUCAAGGGCUUUUUCCGCGGCUGGGUUCCUACCUUGCUCGGUUACAGUGCACAGGGUGCUUGCAAGUUUGGAUUCUAUGAGUUCUUCAAGAAGUACUACUCUGAUAUUGCUGGCCCUGAGUAUGCUACCAAGUACAAGACCUUGAUCUACCUUGCUGGUUCAGCAUCUGCUGAGGUUAUUGCUGAUGUUGCACUUUGCCCCUUUGAGGCUGUGAAGGUCCGCGUCCAAACUCAGCCUGGUUUCGCAAGAGGUCUGUCUGAUGGGCUGCCAAAGUUUGUCAAGGCUGAAGGAACCUUGGGGUUGUACAAGGGAUUGGUGCCUUUGUGGGGACGACAGAUUCCAUACACAAUGAUGAAGUUUGCUUCCUUUGAGACCAUUGUUGAGAUGAUCUAUAAGCAUGCCGUUCCCGUUCCAAAGAGCGAGUGCAGCAAAAAUCUGCAACUCGGUAUCAGUUUCGCUGGUGGAUAUGUUGCUGGUGUAUUUUGUGCAAUUGUGUCUCAUCCUGCUGAUAAUCUUGUCUCUUUUCUCAACAAUGCUCAAGGCGCAACAGUUGGUGAUGCGGUGAAGAAGCUCGGCAUGUGGGGUCUCUUUACCCGUGGUCUUCCUCUCCGUAUUGUCAUGAUCGGAACACUUACUGGAGCCCAAUGGGGAAUCUACGAUGCAUUCAAAGUCUUUGUGGGGCUACCAACUACUGGUGGUGCUGCUCCUGCUGCUCCUGCAAAGGCAUAGAAUGUCCAUGGUGACACUUUUUAGUUUGUUUUAAGAAACUUAGAAAAGCCAGCGAAUAGGGAGCCCAUAAAUAAACUGAGGAUUGCUGAAGUUGCUUGAAUAAUCAAGCUUGGCUGGAUAAUAUUCUUUGCAAGUUUAGACAUACUGUUUCCAAUUUUCUUGUAUUCGCCGAGUAUUUUAAUCUUUUGGUAGGAUGGUUUUGCUCGCAUCCUUCCUGUUGCUGAAAACUUUGUAGCUAGGAAUGAUAUAAUUUUGCAUGUUAGGGUCACACUACAUGCCUCUCUGUCAAACGGGAUUACACAUUUGUUUUCUUGUCUAUGCAACAAGCAUGGACGCAUCUGCAAUGCUUAUGUUGAGAUCAAUUUUUUAUCAA